AUGGCAUCGAUAUAUCAAGUCACCAUCUUCUUCCUUCUGUUUCUCUACAAUUCUGAUCUUGUGAUCUCUCAUCAUCUAUGCGAUCCAAAAGAAAGAAUGGCCUUAUUGGAGUUCAACAAAGCCUUCUCCUUGAAUGAAUCUGCAUCAAGUAGUUGCAGCCAGCAAUCUUAUCCAAAGACAGCGACAUGGAACCCGACCGAGGAUUGUUGUUCGUGGGAUGGUGUGAAAUGUGACGAGGAAGGAGAAGGCCAUGUUGUCGGGCUUGACAUCAGCUGCAGUUGGCUUGAGGGAACUCUUCAUCCCAACAGCUCCCUUUUUGCCCUCUCUUACCUUCGAAGCUUGAAUCUUUCUCGUAAUUUUUUCCUUUUAUCUCCAUUUUCGCCUCAAUUUGGAACGUUUAAAAACUUGAGGGUUUUGGAUCUUUCCUCAUCUUUCUUCCUUGGAGACGUUCCAUUAGAAAUUUCACAGUUGUCUAAUCUUGUUUCUCUCGAUCUUUCUGGGAAUCUCCUUAGUUUCUCAAACGUAGUUAUGAAUCAGCUUGUUAAAAACUUGACCAAUCUAAGAGAUUUUGCACUUGAUAAUAUAUAUCUCUCAAGCAUCAAUCCCUCUUCAUUAAAGAACUUCUCCAUCUCUUUAGCUUCUCUUCGUCUUUCUUCGAGUGGGUUGAGUGGGAAUUUUCCAGAUUACAUUUUUAGCUUUCCUAAUUUGCGUGUGCUGCAACUUGAUUAUAAUUAUGGACUGAAUGGCCAUUUGCCUAUGUCUAAUUGGAGUAAAUCUCUUGAAAUUCUGAGUCUUGUUUCAACUAAUUUUUCAGGAGAGAUUCCUAACUCCAUUGGUAAUGCCAAGUCCUUGAAAUCUAUAAACUUUAGUUCAUGCAAGUUCAUUGGUGAAAUUCCAAACUCAAUAGGAAAUCUUACACAGCUCAAUACCAUUGAUCUCUUUGCAAAUAAGUUAACUGGUGGAAUUCCAGAAUCAAUAGGAAACCUUAAACAGCUCAAUACCAUUGAUCUCUCUGUAAAUAAGUUCAAUGGUCAGCUGUCCAAUUCAUGGAAUAACCUUCAAAAGUUGACCAAUUUCAAAAUCCACAUGAAUUCUUUCAUGGGUCAGCUACCAGAUUCUCUUUUCAACCUCACCCAGCUCUCCAGCUUGACUACUUCAUAUAAUUUAUUUUCAGGUCCUUUACCCACAAAUGUUUCUGCAGAUAGGCUUUCAAAUCUUGUUCAUUUGAAUUUGGAAAGUAACUCACUCAUUGGUGUCAUACCCUCUUGGCUAUUUUCAUUGCCUCACUUAAACUUCUUGGAUCUCUCUGAUAAUCAUUUCACUGGAUUUGUAAAGGAUUUUAGAUCCCACUCACUAGAGUUUCUUGAUUUAAGCAAAAACAAAUUGCAAGGUGGAAUCUUUGAGUCUAUUUAUAGACAAGUGAAUCUUACAUCUUUGGCAUUGGGGUCCAAUAAUUUUAGUGGGGUUCUGAAUUUAGACAUGUUGUUGAGAAUUCAAAGUCUAAAAUCGCUUGACAUUUCCAACAAUCACCAGCUUUCGAUACACUCUACCAAUGUUAGCUCGAUGAAUCUUGUUCACAUUGAAAUGGGUUCCCACAAAUUAGCAAAAUUUCCCUACUUUUUGAGAUAUCAAAAGAACUUGAACUAUCUAGACCUUUCGGAUAGUAAAAUUCAAGGGGAAAUUCCCAAGUGGUUUUCUGAACUGGGUGGUUUGAAUCACAUCAAUCUUUCUCAUAACUUUUUGUCCUCAGGAAUAGAUGUUCUCCUCACUUUGCCUAAUUUAACCAAUAUCUAUCUUGAUUUCAACUUGUUCAAAUUGCCCAUUCCAAUGCUGCCACCAUCAUUGAACCAAUUUACAGCUUCAAAUAAUCAACUUAGUGGAAACAUUCAUCCUUCAAUCUGCCAAGCCACUGAGCUUAAUUUCUUAGAUUUGUCCAAUAAUUGCUUGAGUGGUGCAAUCCCAUCUUGUAUGUUCAACAUGACUCUUCUGAUGUUGUUGGAACUGAAAAGGAACAAUUUUUCUGGUCCUAUUCCCAUCCCACCACCAUGGAUGUUGAUCUACACUGCUUCAGAAAAUCAGUUCAGUGGAGAAAUCCCUUCUUCAAUUUGCCAAGCAACUUUUCUUGCUAUCCUUAGUCUAUCUAAUAAUCGUUUGAGUGGUGCAAUUCCACCAUGUCUAGCAAACUUGACUUCUCUUACAGUGUUGGAUCUGAAAAAGAACAAUUUUUCUGGUACUAUUCCAACAAAUUUUCCACCAGCAAGUCAAUUGAGGAGCAUUGAUUUGAACGACAACCAAAUAGAAGGAGAAUUGCCACGGUCGUUGUUGAACUGUGAGAAUCUUACAGUUUUGGAUCUUGGGAACAACAAGAUAACAGGGUACUUUCCCCAUUGGUUAGAAGCUGCUUCUAGUUUGCGAGUUCUUAUUCUGCGGUCCAAUCGAUUUUAUGGUCAUAUCAACAACUCCAUGAACAGAUACUCAUUUCAAAAUUUACGAAUCAUUGAUCUCUCGCUCAAUCAUUUCACUGGGCCGUUGCCAUCAAAGUUGUUUAUAAACUUGAGAGCCAUGAUUAUGAAGGAAGUUGAAGUGGGAAACCAAAAACCCGACUCUUCAAUUGAAUCUGACAUACUCCCUUACUAUCAGGACUCAGUGGUGGUAUCACUGAAAGGGUUAGAGCUAAAGUUGGAGAGAAUUCUAUUGAUAUUAAAAGCCAUUGAUUUGUCAAGAAAUGAUUUCAAUGGAGAAAUACCAAAGUCGAUUGGGAUUCUCAUGUCUCUAAAAGGUCUCAACCUUUCACACAAUAAGCUUACAGGUGGGAUUCCUACGUCGUUUGGGAAUCUGAACAAUCUCGAAUGGUUAGAUCUUUCUACCAAUAGACUGUUUGGUAACAUUCCUCCUCAGUUGGUUGCUCUUACAUUUCUCUCCUUUUUGAAUCUCUCACAAAACAAGUUGUCGGGAGUAAUUCCUCAAGGGAAGCAAUUUGCUACUUUCGAGAGUUCUUCCUACAUUGGAAACAUCGGACUCUGUGGGUUUCCUCUACCAAAUUGUGAUUCGAAAAAGGACCAUGAUUCUCAAGUGCUAGAUGAAGAAGAUGACAUUUUUGAAAAAGGGUUUUGGUGGAGAGUUGUGUUCAUGGGGUAUGGAUGUGGAAUUGUAUUUGGAAUUUUUGUUGGGUAUGUUGUUUUUCGAAUUGGAAAACCUUUGUGGAUUGUGGCCAUGGUUGAAGGCAAAAGAGGUUCAAACAGAUCACAGAGGCCAAAGAGGAGGAAUUGCUGGCCCAAGAAAAGAAAUGACUAGAUCAGCUGAUGCUGGUAAACAUCCUUCCUAUUUCUGGAGAAGUUUUCUUUGGGGACGAGAGUUGCUGCUGAAAGGUCUUCGAUGGAGGGUUGGAGAUUGGAGGUCUAUCAAGCUUUUGUGGAUUAUUGGCUCAAAAUUAUAUUCUCAGUUCAAAAUUUCCUCCUCUUCUUCUAACGAAGCAAGUAGGAAGAAAUUUUGGCAGAAGAUCUGGAAGUUGAAGAUCCCUCCCAAGAUAAAAAUUUUCAUAUGGUGAGUUUUGCACAACAUAAUCCCUACCAGAUGCAAUCUUAAAUCUAGUGGCUUGUCGGUCCCUUUGCAUUGCCCUAUGGUUAUUCUCCUCUUCAUGCUGAGAUUGGGGUUAUCCGAUCGAGAAGCUCUUCUGUUGGCCGAAUGAAUGGGGAUUCAAAAUCUGGUUAUCUUUAUUGGAUUGUCUUGAAGCGAUUCAUCUGG